GGUAUGUAUAUUUCAACAUCCUAUUUACGGUUACACUAAAAUAAUGGUAAACAAAUAGCGCUUUAAAAAAUUUCCCCAAAGAAAAAUGGAUGGUGACGAAGUAUGUCGGGUGUGCCUGCAACAGGAUGGGGAUCUGAUCAACAUAUUUGACAGUAUGCAGGACCCGGAGAUGUCCAUUCCGGAUAUGAUUGCCCAGUGGUGCGGCUACCAGGUUGAGAGGGGCGACUUACUACCGGAGACCAUCUGUCCCACCUGCCUGGAGGAUGCCCGAGCCACAAUUGGAAUAAUCCAAAAUAUUCAGAAGAAGGAAAUCAGCAGAAUCUCGGCCAAAGAGGACUGGCUUUACGGCCAACAUACAGUUAAAGUGGAAUCGAAUAUAGCCCAGGAAUACCAGGUCAAAAAUGAGCCCGUUGACGAUGACAUAUUCACGGAGGCAGCCUUCAAGGGAAUGGAUAGCUCCCUAUUUGAGGAAGAUGUCUGCAAGAUUGAAGACAUGGAAACUGAUCAAUCUAAUAGCCUUAAGUCUAUGCUAUCUGCUUCAGAUCUGGACAAUAUACCCAAACUAAGAGACCCACCUUCUCGGGGGAAACGUCGUUACAAGUGCUCACUGUGCCCCAAAUCUUUUGCGGAUGCCUCGCAGUUCAGUCAACACAUUGUCACCCAUUCGGGCGAUAAAGCCGAUGGCCAAAAGUCGGAUUUUUCUGAAUCCGAUUUCAGCGCCGCUGAGUUCGAAGAGGACGAUUAUUAUCCGGACUCUGAGACAGAAUUGCCUCCAAAGAAGUCAAAGGAUAAGCAGCCCCAAAAAUCGUUGACACCCAAAAAAACACAUUUAAAGCAACACAACCCAAGCCAUUUGCAUGAUCAACUUGAUAAAUCCCAAUGUAAACCCACUCUUUACAUGCCCUACAAAUGUAAUUAUUGCCCGCAAACUUUUAAGGACAAGGAUUCCUAUAGAUUGCACUCAAAAACGCAUGGUAAACAGUACAGAUGUUCCGACUGUCCAAAGACUUUUGCGAAGGCAAAGCAUUUGAAGCAGCACAUUUUAAGUCAUUCAGAGGACCAAUCAGAUAAGCAUAAUUCUAAUCCUUCGGAUCCUCCAAAUCGGGUGUUCAAAUGCCCAAAGUGCCCCAAAACGUUUCCGUAUGCCUCGAGUUGCAGUCGCCACCUGAUGAGUCACUCGGAGACAAGACCGUACAAAUGUCCCCAGUGUCCAAACUCCUACGCACGUCCCUAUGCCCUCAGAGCCCACUUUUCCAGCCAUUCCGGGGAGCGACCGUUCAAGUGUGAUCAGUGCCCGAACACCUAUCGUAAGGCCCACCAUCUCAGGCACCACCUGUUGACCCACUCCAACGAAAAGCCGUUCAAGUGUUCCCAAUGCAGCAAGGCCUACGCGGGCAAAUCGGAUCUCAAUCGACAUCUUCGGACGCACGCCAAAGUGAAGGCCCACAAGUGUGAUGACUGCUCGAAGACCUUUUCCCGCGUUGAAACUCUAAGAGUUCACAUGCGAACCCACACGGGCGAAAAACCCUUUAAGUGCGCCCACUGUUCGAAAUCUUUUUCGGUUAGAACCAAUAUGUAUAAGCACCAAGGGCAAUGCAAACUUGAGAAGACAAAGCGUGACUGA